UCUGCGCGUGUUUUAUAAAGCCGUCGAGCUUGAUAUUGCAAUCAUCAAGCUGCAUACGCGGAUCUCCCGAGUAGGAGAAUGACUUCUUCGUCUCUCUUUAAUUUACGGCACGGCGAUUAGAUAGAAAGCAAUCUGACAGAUUCGAGCAGCGUCACGCGUAUCUGCGCACGUGCAUCGAUGCGUGUAGCGAUAGUGACAGCUGUGUUGUGUGUUGAUCGCUGGUCGUCGUGACGACCCGGUCGAGCGGCCGCUCUUGCACGAGACCGCACUUCGCCGAAUGCUCGUAUGAUUUUAAAACUGUGCUUUAAACGCGUUUAGAAGCGGGCGACGAAAUGGUGGUCGUCGACAAACGCAGGCGACUGAUAGUCUCCACGGCGGGCCACUUCUUCAGCGCGUCCGUGCAACACGACGAGGUGGACGUCGAGGAUCGCGAGAUUCUCGAUCGCUUCCUCGAACAGUCGUCGUGCAGAACUCUAUGCGCCAGACCGGUCGACGUCGAGCAAGACCAAGUGCGCCUGAAACUGAGCACCGAAUUGCCCGCCGGUAGAAACACGUUGGUCUUCUUUAAGGUGACAGCGGCUGCGGUCACGGAAGAGAACUUUCACGAUGUGGUCCAGGUGAUUUCUACCGGUGGCGGGGACGGGUCGGUGCUGAUCGAAGGGCUUCGUCAGGUAUGGGCGCCGACCCUUCGUUCGUCCGGUUUAAGUACAUCUUGCCUGAAAACAUUGGAGGAAAGGCUGCUCAGUUCCGGAUUCUCGAUUACCGUCGCGGAGGAAGAGGAGUUCUGGAAACGGAAAGGGGAUGGGGUUAAACGGUCGCAUGAGAAAACGAUUUGCGAGGAAGCCGCCAAAUCCGUGAAGAACAUCAGACUCGAACUCGAAAGCGCCGCAGUGUCAAGGGAUGGAUUAAUCGCCGUGGAGGAAGCUUGCGAGGCUAUUUCCGUAUUUGUGGAUGAUUUGUGGAAGCUCGGGGGACCGGCGUACACCGAGGAACGGAUGAAAUCGUUUCUCGAUGUGAUUGGAAACGAAGUGGUUCAGCUGGUACAGGAUUAUCUCGACGCGAUCGACACGACCGACGCUCGUGCGAAGGACGAAAUGGUCGCACUCGGAGCGACAGUAUGCGAAAAAUGGGCGAACGCCACGCAGAAAUUGACGGAGCUUUUCUGGCCGCAUCAUUCGCUCCAUCCUUGGCGUGGUCCGAUCUUCAUACCCGAGAAAUGCUCGAAGCUCGGCAGAAGUCUCAGGCAGAUGUCCGAGUUACGUGCGCAGCAUCGCCAAUUGAGCAGACUUCUAACACCGAGUGAAAGAUCUGGACUCGGUAUUGACAAAUUGCUCCAGACGUUUGAUGACACAAGAGGUGCUCUUUACAGCAUUUUAAAAACAUCAUAUUUACUUUCCGAUUUGUUUUGUUACGUUGGUAAAUUACGCGGUUGCGAUGUAAAAAUCUCGUGUAUAUGCGUUGACACGGCGACAACGAGAAACGAUUUGGAGACCGCGUCUCGUCAUUAUUGGGAACGGCUAUGUUCCGAUUUAAGAGCGGAAGCGUCCUCACGACUGGUAGCCAUCGUGGACUUUUUAUCUUUCGCAUCCAAGGAGCUUGAACGUAGGCCGCGAGAUGUGGAAGAGAUCGGAUUAGCUUAUGAAGCUCAUGCACGUAUCGAGCAACAAUCGGCUGGCAUCGCUGAAGAGAUGGAAAUAGUUACCGUGCUCGCCAAAGUUAUGGCCGCCUGGACCAGUGAGAAGCUCGACGGUGUUAAUGCGGCUCACGCCGCUUGGCAGGAUUUGGGCGAUCGUUUGGAAAAACACAAAGCCGUUAUGGCACGUUUAUUGGAAGAUGCUAAAGUUAAUCUUCGUCAUAGGGCGUUAGCCUUAAGGGAUGAAAAAGAAAGAUGGCAGACUAAGUGGUCUACGAGAUCGGAGAACCUCACGCUCGAUUGGCUGGUGUCUAUGAAGGAACGUUGGCUCAAUCUUAAUGGGCAGAUGGAUUCUUUGAAAGCGGAUUGCAAGAGAAUUUCUCUGGAUCUCGAAAGUAUCCUGGAGGACGGAGACAUUGAUCUUUCACAAUUAGAACGUGAAUUGGAAACCGAAGAAUCAAACUACAGGUUCCAAUCCGAGUUUUUAGAGGAACUGAAAAAUCAGGAAAUCGAAGAGUGGGCCGUAGCUAGGAGAAGAUUGCCGAGACUUCAUGAUUGGCUCGAUUCCUGGGAGAGUAAGAUUCGCUUGCAUGAUAAUCUGGAAGUUGAUACUUUCGUAGGAAGAAAGAUAAACGAAGUGAGAUCUGCGAUCGAAUCUAUCCAACCGCUUCGAGGAGACGAGAUCGCUGAUGAGCACUGGACUGAGUUAAUUCCUAUACUCGGCUUGAAGAUUGAAAAUCCACGAGAUCUCACUUUGGGUCAUUUGCUUGCCUGUACAAAGACAUUGAAAGAGAACGAGGAUCGAAUAAAAGAGAUAACGAAACGAGCAGUCGCAGAAAGUGGGAUUCGACAGGCUUUAAUAGAUCUAGAAAUUUGGGAAAGUACGGCGGCACUUCUAUUGCAAGAGUCAAUCGAUAGUAGGAAUAUGCCAAUCUUACUCGUCGGAGACUAUGGCAGUCUGUUGGCGAAAAUAGAGGAAUUGAAGCUUUUGCUCGAGGGAGCGAAAGGUACGUCAGGACACGACAGAUUUGCAUCCAGAGUUGCGCGUUGCGAAGCAGCCUUAUUGGAACUCGAGGAAAGGAUCAAGGCACUCAGCACUGUACAAAGAAAAUGGAUUUAUUUGGAUCCGGUUUACGGAAGUGGUGCAGCUCCCAGUGAUUCCGGAAGAUGGUCUAGAGCUGACAAAGAAUUUAGGCAUCUCAUGGGAGAAGUAUCCCGAGAUCCCAGAGUACCGUCCUUGAGAAGACUUUCAUUGCCAGCCUUAACAAAUUUGAAAGAUCUGUUAGACAGAUGCCAGAAAAGCCUAGACGAAUUUUUAGAGGAGAAACGAGCGGCUUACCCGCGAUUAUACUUUCUUAGCGAUGAGGAUCUUCUAGAACUGGUAUCGGGCAGUGGGAAAGCUUUGGAGGCUCAUUUGCCGAAAUUGUAUCACGGUAUUGGUUCGAUAAUAAAGGAAAGUAACACUUUAACCGCGAUUACAUCGCCCGAAGGAGAGAUAUUGAAGUUACCAGAGGCUAUCGACCUCACAGAAUCUCUACCGCGAUGGCUAGAUAAUCUCGAAAAGGGAAUGAGAAAUUCUCUUCGGCAGAGUUUGGAGAAAUGUUUGAACGACUCGACACCCGAUCCAUCUGUUUAUCCCACGCAGAUAUUACUACUGUCGGAAAGAAUAGCAUUUACCGAGCGCUGCGAACGUGCUUUGAAGGAGGGUCGCGGGGCUCUACAGAAGCUCGUUGAAUUUUUGGAAACGCAGAGGGCGAAGUACAGAGGGUUAGAGGACGCCGGUGACAAAUUGACCGCGCUGAAGGCACGCGGUCUUCUCUUAGAUACUGUUCAUCAUCUUCAAGUGGCCCGAACUCUAUUGAAGAUUGUGGUAACGGGCGAGAAUGCCGGUUGGACGUGGUACAAACAACUGAGGAGUUACAAAACCAAUCAAGGCACGUACGUAAUACGAUGCGCCGGUGCAGAAUUACCGUAUCGUUUCGAGUAUCAAGGAGCCUCCAUUGGCUUAGUGAGAACUCCCUUGACGGAGAAGUGCUUCUUAGCUCUCACGCAAGCUAUGAAACUUGGAUUGGGCGGAAGCCCGACCGGUCCUGCUGGAACCGGAAAAACUGAAAGCGUCAAAGCGCUAGCGGCCAUUUUGGGUAGACUAGUCCUCGUCUUUAAUUGUGACGAAGGAAUGGACACCGGCAGUAUGAAGCGUAUCUUAGGUGGAUUGGCGCAGGCCGGUACUUGGGGUUGCUUCGACGAAUUCAAUCGCCUUGAGGAGGACACCCUGAGCGCGGUAUCGAUGUUGGUGAGGCCGCUUCAAGAGGCGUUACGGAAUGGUUCACCCGAGAUCUUGCUGGGCGAUCAGAAGAUCAAGCUGGAUCCUCACUGUUGCAUCUUCAUCACGAUGAAUCCAGCCGGUAGCGAGUACGGCGGUAGGCGCAAGCUGCCGGAUUCCUUGGCGCGACUUUUCAGGCCUAUCAGCAUGGCGCAUCCAGAUAAAUCAGAUAUCGUCAGGACUCUGCUGGAGUGUGCCGGUUUCUUAGAAGCCAUCACCCUCGGUAAACGGCUCGUCGAGGCACUCGAAAUUGCGGAGACUAUGCUCUCCGAGCAACCGCAUUACGAUUGGGGACUCAGAGCGCUUAAAUCUAUACUUGAUGUGCUGCAUCCAGUUGCUGGCGUUGACGAGACUACUAGACUUCUCGUCUCAAUCAGAGCAUCGACCCUUCCGAAAUUAACGGAGGCAGAUACGACGAAAUUCCUAUCAUUGCUGGACGACCUCUUCCCAAAGGCCAAUGUUCCCUUGUCAGUUUCUACCGAAAGCGAGGACCUCGUUGUCGUAUUGUUAAAAAUCUGCGAAACGCGAGGCUUGACAAAGGAAGUCGCCAACAGAUGCGUUCAGUUGAACGAUCUAUUGAAGGGCAGAACCGGCGUCGCGAUAGUUGGCCCGCCGGGUAGUGGAAAGACAUCAAUUAGGUCAUGUUUGGCCGAGGCGAUGGCCAAGAUCGGCGAGCCUGUUCAGCAGAUCACCAUUUAUCCCGGGGCGAUGCCAAAGAGCAGAUUACUAGGCCACGUGAAUCCGCGGACGAGGGAAUGGAAGGAGGGUGUUCUGUCGAACGCAGUAACGCUCGCCGGGAAUUCCGCGACCUGGAUCGUCUUCAACGGAGACGUGGAGCCCGAUUGGGCAGAGGCGUUGAAUUCAGCUCUGGACGAUAAUCGGCUACUAACUUUGCCCAAUGGAAUAGGAAUUAAGCUUGGUAGUGGUACAAGGUUCAUCUUCGAGACGCACAAGCUCGCCGACGCUAGUCCAGCUACGGUUUCGCGAUUGGGCGUCCUGCAUCUCGGCUCGACGAGACCGAUGUCCUUGUUAGUGCCAUGGCGUUUGGAGCAACUCUCGUCGACCGCUGCGGAAAUCGCGAAUACUCAUUUAUGUCAGUGCAUCGACGAGACACUCAAGAUAAACGUUGACGUCUCGUCCGCAUCCGGUCUGAUAACUGCCGCGUUAUGUCAUCUCCAAAAAGCGCAAACAUUUGCUCAGGCCACUCAGGCCCUUUUGGUCUCGUUAUGUGGCCAGGUGAAAAAUGCACAGUCCAAAGACGAAUUGGCGAAGUUUAUUUACGAAUCGACUGAAAGCUGGUGUCCCGAUCCGCAAAAGCCAAGCGCGGUUCUUUACGAUCAUGAAACCGAUCGACUGAUACCCUUUAGUGAUACUUACGAAUCUAUCGAAACCGAUAACGGACCAAUCUCGAUUUCGGAUCGCAUUAAGAAAGCAUUAUCGGCUAUUUUGCCUUGGAUCGAAGACGGUCAUCCAAUUAUAAUUCGUGGACUUGAAGCUUGUGGUAAAAAUGCUUUGAUUGACGUCGCAUUGUCAAAAAUAAAAAAUCAGGAUACAACAAUCGUCGUGCGGGGAUCUUCGCUUUAUGGUCCUGAUAAUCUCGUGACUCGCUUAAAAAAGGCUUGCUUACGUUUAGAGUCUUCUUCGCAAGGUAGAAUAUAUAAACCGAAAAGCGGAUCUCGAUUGCUUCUUAUCUUGGAAGAUAUGCAUCUCGCAGCUAAAAAUUUACAGGAAUUAGUAAGAGAAUUGCUUCAAGAGGAAGGUUUUCUCGAGGAAGAUCUCGAAUUUUCUAAAAUAUCUCUAACAAUUUUGUGCACUGCUGAUGUAACUACUCGAUUACAUCCAAGACUUGAAGCUUUAUUUGCAACUUAUUAUUUAGAGUGAGUAACAAAAAUAUAUAUAAAAAUUUAUUUUUAAAGUAAAUUCUUAAUUAUUGAAAAAUUUGAUCUUUUAGAUUGUAGAAAAUAUUUAAAAUGCUCUCACUUGGACUUUGAAAAUAUUGUCUCAUGGGCAAAACUCUUGAAAUAUUAUCCCACACCCGAAAAUGAAGCGUAUAUCACUCGUUAUUUGUUAGACAUCGGACAACGACUAUUUCGAGCAAGAUUAACGUCUAAGGCAUUGUCACGAUGGGAAUCUUUGAUAAUUUCGAAGAAUUCGGAGAUAACAGACUUCAACAAUGAUGUAUACGUAUGGAAGAACGCAAAUAUUGGGCUGCAUCCUUUGAGUGAGGAGCAAUGGCGAGAAGAAAUAAACAAUACAGCGGCCAGAUGCGCAAGAGAGGGCCAACCAGUGCAGGCACCGAUGUCAUCUUAUCUUUUGGAAAUCGUAGCUGAAUUAAAUUGGGCUAUCGGAUGCGAUUUUCGUGGUAUAAUUCUCGUUGGACGACCAGGGGCAGGUAGAAGGUCGGCAGUUAAACUAGUUACAACCUUCUCUUCCCUACGAUUGAUCGACUCAGGACCUGAACGCGGUAAAGCGACGAUAAAGAGCGCGGUGCAAGCAGCCGGCAUUGAAAAUCAACCGACCUUGCUCCUGUUGGAGGAACAUCAUGCCAGAGAGGAGAGCUUAGCUGUGAUGAUGAGUGCCAUAGUGUCUAAAGGAGAAAUUCCUGGACUCUUCACGGCGGACGAACUUGAUGCGUUGGUCGCACCGCUUGCCGAUCUAGCUCGAAGGGAAGAUUUUCAAGGGACGUUGGAGUACUACUUGUAUCAUCGCUUGCGUAAAUAUCUUCGAAUAGUGGUGAUCUUAGAUUCGGAGGAAAUCGAAUCGUCGUCGCUGAUACGCCUCGGCUUUCUUCGACAUUGCGCGCUGCUUGGAUCUGGACCCGGUAGUCCCAGCGAAUGGUGGUCCCGGGAAAGUUCUUUGAUUAAACUGGCGAUUCAGGAAGGUACUUUGCAACUGGAUGAAGUCGAGGAACUGCCACAAGGUGCAAAAGUGAUAAUCGGAGCUCAUCUUCAAGCGCCUCGUCCUCAAAGAGCACCGGCACGAUUCCUGGCUCUGAUUCACACCUGGAAAUACCUUCAUGAUACGUGGGGCAAGGAGGUAGAAGAAAAGCUGCGAUCUCUCGAAGCCGGUAUCGGAAAGCUAAGAGAAGCCGGUGAACAGGUGGCCAAGUUGGAGGACGAGGUCUCCAAACAACGCCAGGAACUGGAGGUGGAGAAAGGAAGAGCCAACGCCGCUCUUGAACAAAUCACCGCUACGAUGAGAGGCGCGACUAAUCAAAGGGGAGAGAUGACGACCUUGAAAGCCAGUACGGAACGCGAGAGUGCUGAACUUGCACGGCGUAAGGCAGAUAUUGAAAAUGAAUUAGGAAAAGUCGAGCCUAUGGUGGCACAGGCUGCCCAGGCGGUGGCUGGUAUAAGCGCCGACGCGUUGGCUGAAGUUCGUUCAUUGAGAGCACCACCGGCUCCAGUGAGAGAUGUGCUCGAGGGUGUCCUUCGGCUGAUGGGCAUAAAAGACACGUCCUGGAAUAGCAUGAAGACUUUCCUCGAUCCUGAAAGAGAUGACGAUUGGAAAAAGUCAGCGACCAAAUUAUUAGUAACGGAACGCGAAAGACUGCUAUGGAGGGCACAGGGUUUGCCAGCAGACACAAGCAGCUUGGUCGCAGCUUCUCGCGUGUUGAAAGGACCCCUGGUGCCUAUUUUCCUUGAUCCUUCGGGAGUAGCUGUUACCUGGAUCAAACGCAACUUUGGCACUAAACUCGAAAUAACUCAGCCUGAAAAUUCAAAGUUUUUGACGGCUCUAGAACUCGCUGUGCGCUUUGGGAAACCUCUCUUGGUUGAAGAACUGGUCGAGUUCCCAUCGAUACUGUUGCCCCUCCUUCGUCGAAGACCAUUCAGAUUGGGUGAUCGCAUUCUGCCGGCCCAACAAAAUUUCCAGCUUUUCUUGGCUACUAGGAAAGACCGAUUGGAAGAUAUUCCGAAGGAAGCAGAUGCUGUAUUAUGCGAGAUUACACUUGGUACCGGUACGAGAAGCCUGGCAGAGAGAUUCGUCGAGAAGCUCCUAUUAAAUGAAACGCCGGAACUCGAGGCGCAGAGAAGAGAAGCUUUGGAGAGGGAAGAAAGAUUAUCGGGUGAACGGGACGCGGCAAGGCUGGAUUUACUGAGUCAAUUAGCUACAGCUAGAGGCCAAGAUCUCUUGCAAGAAUCCCAAGAGCAAGGAGGUCUUUUAUCUUCGUUGGAAGCCACACAGUCAAAGGCGAAAGAGAUAGCGGCCGCGCUCGAGGAAAGCAGGCAAAGUUUGAACGAGGUCGCAAGACGAGCCAAAGAUCAUGAAAAGUUCGCGCAAUUUGCCGCUGAUGUUUACGAAACUAUCAAAGGGUUAACACUCCUCAGCCCUUUAUAUGUCAUCUCCACAGAGGCCUACACUGAUAUUUGCUUGAAAGCGGUGCAAGGUGACAUGUAUUCUUCCGAUGAAGAUAAAGAAAAAAGAGGAUCGCGAAGUUUAAUCGAGAAACGGUUGAUAACGCUGACUUUCCAUCAUUGCGCGAAGGCAGUCUAUAGAAAACACAGACUGCCAUUGGCGUUGCAUAUGGCGUUGUCAUUGAACCCAGUGUCCGAUGUGGAGAGAAAUCUCUUGUUUGACAACGGUGCGAUCGGUAAUGCCGAUAAUUCUGACUUUGACUUGCCCGAAUGGAUACCGGACGAACGACGCGAAGCUGUUCAAGCGUUGGGUGUUUCUUUACCCAACGUAUCCAUCAAAAUCAAGCCUUCCUGGCUGAAUAAUAUUGUUGAUAUUUACGCAGACAGCGAUCUAAGUGCCUUUCAGAAAGUUUUGGUCGUGAAGUCUCUGCGGCCUGAUUAUUUGCAUACCGCUCUUUCUAAAUUAGCUGCGAAACAAUUAGGUGUAAAAGAUUUGGCACCACCUCUAUGGACACUGAGUACGAUCGCCCAAGAAAAGGCAGGAUCAUAUCCUGUACUUUUACUUUUAUCGCCGGGAACUGAUCCCGGUCCCGAGCUGAGUGUGCUAGCUGAGAAGUAUACUUCCACUGGAUUUAUCGAGGUUUCCCUGGGGCAAGGACACGUCACUCAAGCCGAAUCGGCCUUGGAAGCCGCAUGCAGCAAUGGCAGCUGGAUAUUGUUAAGCAACUUGCAGCUCGCUUUGAACUGGCUACCGCGACUGGAAAGUCUACUUCGCUCGCCGAUGUGUACCACGAACAAAAAUGCCUCUACGAAAAUCUGGCUGACCACCGAGGAGUGUUCCGGAUUUUAUCCGGGUUUAGCGGGGCUCUGUCUGAAACUGGCGUACGAGCCGCCCGAAGGCGUAAAGAGAAACGUGAGAAAAUCGCUUCAGCAGCUGCGACAAUCGCAGCGUAACGAUGAUGACAUCGCGGCCACUACAUUGGUGCUUGCCUGGUUACAUGCGACACUUCAAGAACGACGAAACUUUGUUCCUCAGGGUUGGAUCCGACCGUACGAGUGGAACGAGUCGGAUCUCGAGGCUGCUUAUGAAUUGGUGGUGAAGGAUAUGGCGAAGGAGAAUCGAUCGCAACAAGGAGACUGGCAGAUCGGUAGAGGUUUGCUCGACGUUGCGGUUUAUGGCGGUCGACUUCAAGACGAGUAUGAUGCAAGAGCGUUACGCUCGAUGAUACGCAACUCAUGGUCCAGAGAUAUUUUCGAAGGGCGCCGGAAGCUGGGUGAUGUAGUGAAAGUGACCGAUACGAUGCUCGGCGAUCCGAUAAAGUUGUUAGAGAAUCUGGAUGACACCGAUUCGCCGAAAGAGUACUUUGGACUCCCUGCUAAUGCUCAUAGGGCAUGGGAAAGGGCUGCCGCGGAGAAAGCCUUGACAUAUCUCAAAGGUAUCUUGAUGAAGCCUUUCAGCAACAGCGUAAGAAAUAGUGAUAGAUUAGAAAAGUCAAAAGUUCAACAGGAUCUGAAGGAAGUUAUAGAUCGGCAAUGUUCCUUGACAUUCACAUGUGACACAGGUGCCAUAAGCGAACAGAAAGGAAAUCCUUUACAGGAUUUCUUCAUCGACGAGAUCGAUCUUGCAAAGAAGUUAUUGCAUACCGUAAAAACGGACAUGAACGCGUCGUCUUUCGAGGAUGACGAGACUCCCAAGUACUGGCUUAUGGAAUGGCGAACGGGACCGAAGAAUGCCAUUCAAUUUGCGAAGGCGCUUUUGUCGAGGUACGAGGUGCUAAAAUCCUCAGCAAUGAACAUACCGCGUGGAAUCGAUUUGUCACAGCUGUCUCGACCACGGGCUCUUUUAACUGCUCUGAAGCAACACACCGCACGAGAACUCGGCCAUCCGUUGGAAACGCUUCACCUCCGUGCCAAUUGGACCGAGAAUCGUCCGAACAAAGAAUGGAAGGUGUCAUUCCAGCUCGAAGGCUUACUCAUAUCAGGUGCCGCGAUUGAGAAAGGUGUCUUGAAGGAUUUGGACGUAAAUUCGGCAGCGGUCGCGGUCGCUCCGACGUGCCAGGUAGCGUUUAUGCCGGAGGAAUACUUGGGCAAUAAAUCGGACGGUGACAAUCUUAAUGCUCUCGAGGACACGUAUCGACAAGAUUAUCUGAACAUACCGGUUUAUACAAGUGUUCAACGAGAGGCUUUAAUUUGUUCGCUACCAAUCACGUGUCCGCGAGAGGAAUGCGACGCAUGGUUACGUCGUGGUGUCAUCUUAUAUUUAAGAUAAGCAGCUUUCGUAAUUGUCCCCGAUUAAGUUGAUGAAGAUGAAGAUAUAGGAUGAUUUACAAGUAGUACCAGAAGUACCAUUAGAUAACAAAAGCAUGAAAAUGAAAAUCAUAACUAUUAUCAAAUAUUAUUAAU